GUACACGAAAUUGGUUAUGUCCAUCGUGACAUCAAACCAGGAAAUUGUAUGAUUGGCAAAUAUGGACGAGACACUAGAAUGAUAUACUUGAUCGAUUUUGGUAUGGCUCGGUCAUUCGUAGCCAAGGACAUGGCUACCGGGCAACUAGCUAUACGCAAACCUCGAGAAGGCGAGCAACUAUUUCGAGGUACUCCAAGAUACUGUAGCUUGAAUACUCACUAUAGAAAAGAACAGGUUCUAGCUAUUAUUGUUGCUAUAGCUACGACUCUGUCAUACCUCUGUCUAUAUCAGGGACGCGUUGACGAUCUUUGGUCAUGGCUUUAUAUGCUCGUCGAGCUUCAUACUGGAUUACCGUGGAAUCGUCUUGGCGAUGAAAAGGAAAUUUUAGCGCGGAAGUUAAAAUGCACACCGAAACAGUUAUUUCGCUCAUGUCCCGAAGAAUUUUUUAAAAUUUAUGAUUACUUGAAAACGUUGAAAUAUGAAGACAGACCAGAUUAUUACGGUCUAUUUAGUGAAUGUGCAGCGGGUUUAAAAAGAGUUUAUGGCUCAUUUUUGGAUCGUUAUGAAUGGGAAAUUGGAAUAGAUGAAGAGGACAUUAAUACUGCACUUUCAAUAUCCGAGCACGAUCGAAAACCACAUAAAGCCCUUGGCAGUAUGUUGUAG